AUGUCUUUUGAACGUGCCCAGAUGUCCAUGCCACUUCCAAGAACACUUCCGCGCAACUUCACGUUCCAUUAUACCGAUGGUCAACCUAGGACACCGGAACCGCAACAGUCCUCCGAAGCUGCGAAUGAGCCUCCACGAUUGCCCAAACUCAAAAUUACUCGCAAGCGACCCAUUCGUUCCAAUCUUCCAAGCUACGAUGUCAAUGCUAUCUCGCACGAUGUUCCAAUUCCCAGCAUCGAGACCACCGAAGUUCCUGCUGGCUCAUCUUUCUCUAACAUUGAUCGGCCGGAACUUAUAGCAGGCUACCUUCAACCGGAUGCCAUCUAUCACCGCUUCACCUCGCCCCCAAAGACGCCAGCGGCUCAGGUGGUGCCUGAGUUUCUGAGCUAUGGUGCAGCUUGCGAAUGGGCGGAGAGCGAUUCCAUGAGUCAAGGAGAGAGUAUCAGUCGGCCGUCGUCCUCGUGCUCAGGAUUUUCCGACUCCUCGUCUUUUUCUUCACUCUCAUUUGGCGACAGCUGUACGAGCCCCGAGGACGACUGCGCGGAUCCGUUUUUCUCUUACAGCACCACACCUCUAGAUUCAUCGGCCAACCCCCAAUCCAAUUACUCGCGUGCCCCAAAGCGCAAGGCACCGAAGCAUAUCUUUACGGAGGAUAUGGAUCGACAUCUUUGGUUGACAUAUAUGCGAUAUCUGCAAGACCCAACCGUUACACCUUUUAAGAUGCUUCCAAGCGUUGCGCCUCCUCUUGGAGUCUGCACACGUGUCGCUCGGGAGGCAAAGAAAACCUGGAAAGGCACUCGCUUGUCGUCCCUGCGGAAGGGAAUAUUCCACAAGCCUCAACCUCUCGGUUCGUCUCUAGCGGCUAAAAGUGGCAGUAGCACUCCCACCACCUGCCCUUCGACCAACAAGCCUAUCGGAAAUUGGCCGCGGGAGAAUGGCAUCGCCAGGAACAGAUUGCGAGAGCUGACGAAGAGUAAGCCAACACUUUCAGCGCAUUACACUCGUCUCGUCAAUUGCCGGACCCCUUCGCCUUUCCCGUCCUCGCGCCAGACGAGUUUACAACCCAAUUCAGGCCGUGGAACUCCUCCUGUACAAGAUGUGUCAACAUCCUUCGCUCGUGACAUGAAUGUCUCGCUCGUUGCAAGCACCGCGUCCUCGAUGCAGUUGGGCAAUCCACUUUCUCAACUUGGUACCGAAGAUCACGCUGGUGCAUCUCGCUCCGAAGAAUCUUUCGGUCAGUCUGUGGCUCGGCCUUCAGUCUCUCAUCAGAAAAGCCAGUCUCUGCAUAUAGGUUCACAGAUCGACCACAGCCUUUCAACAACGAGCAACCAACGAUCUCUCCGCUCUCCGUUCCAUGAACGUGCACAGCGCUCAGGACGCCGCAGCACUUCGUACCGUCGCAACAAGAACAAUGGUUCUACAUUCGGGCCGCCUCUAGAUGUACGGGCUCCUAUUUCCCUCAAUCGCUCAUUCAAGCGUCGAGCUCAAAAUCAACUCGACAACGCAACCUCACCACAUCGUGAAAUCGUCCUCCAGGAGCUGUUCGGCACUCCUGCUGAGAUCAGUCAUCGUCGUAUUCGAAGUCGGGGCUUCAGUCUUGGUGACAUGAGCGACGGACGGCAUCUCUCCUCCUUAUUUACCCCACCACCACCUUUACAACGGACACUCGAAACCACGUUUUGGCAAGCUAUUACCCCACAGGAAAUAUCAAACUCCUCGAUGCCCCAACAUCCCGCUACCAUCCGACUAGGAUCUCCGUUCGGAGGGAGGUCUAGCAAUGUUCAUUUCAACACAUUCCCGAGAAGGAACCUUACCUCUCAGCUUUUUGAGCCAACAACUUCUUUCGAGGAUCGCCUCGGCAACAUAAGAUAG